AUGAUCCCUCAACUCAAAAUCCACGUCAACGGGUCCGCUUCUGUGUUCCGCACAGCAGAGCGCGGAGUACUCCACAUCGAAGUCUCCUCAACAACCACUUCUCAGGCUGACGCAUCCUCUAAUGUCAGCAGCACCACCGAGACCAUGAUCAACACCUUCCGCCGCUUCGCCCAAAAGACAGAGGACGGUCUAUAUCCUCACCCAUCAGCAGGCAUCACCGCCUUCUCCGCGUCCGCCCCGGAGACCUCGACCUUCAUCCCCAGGGCCAAGAAUGGCAGGGAGCUCAAGACCUCGCCCAAGGAAUACACCGCCACCACGACGGCCGAGGUCAUCUUCCGCGACCUGGAGCUCCUCGCGCGGCUCGCCAACGAGCUGUCAGCCAUGGAGAACGUGAGCAUCACGCAGACCGAGUGGCGUCUGACGGACGCCACCCACGCGGCCAUCUGCCGCGAGGCCCGCGUGAAUGCCAUGAAGGACGCGGUGCAGAAGGCAGAGGACUAUGCGGGCGUCGUCGGGCGCGAGGUCGUCGCCGUAAAGGUCGAGGACGGCCCUGCUAACAUCGCCCACUCCGGACGCACGAAGCAGACGGCGCGGCGAGCGGGUCCGCUGGCUCAGGCUCCCGCGCAGGCUUGGACCUCACGGGCUACCGUGCAGACGGACCAGGGAGUAACGAUUGAAGGCCCUGCGUUGGAACCAAGCACAAUCACCGUUAGUGCGCGGGUGGAUGUCAGAUUCGUGUCUAAGGAUGGGGAGGCAAUGGAUGAGGAGCCGAUGGAUGACUCUGAGUAA